GCUGGCAAACCUGCAGCCUGGCCGCCCCCGCUCCCCUGAUCCGCUGCCCGUCUGUCCCCAGGGCUACACAAAAUCCAUCGACAUCUGGUCGGUGGGCUGCAUCCUGGCGGAGAUGCUCUCCAACCGGCCCAUCUUCCCCGGCAAGCACUACCUGGACCAGCUCAACCACAUUCUGGGGAUCCUGGGGUCCCCCUCGCAGGACGACCUGAACUGCAUCAUCAACAUGAAGGCGCGGAAUUACCUGCAGUCGCUGCCCCAGAAGGCGAAGGUGCCCUGGCCCAAGCUGUUCCCCAAGGCCGACCCCAAAGCCCUCGACCUGCUGGACAAGAUGUUGACCUUUAACCCCAACAAGCGCAUCACUGUGGAGGAGUCGCUGGCUCACCCCUACCUGGAGCAGUACUAUGACCCCUCGGACGAGCCAGUGGCCGAGGAGCCCUUCACUUUCGACAUGGAACUAGAUGACCUGCCGAAGGAAAAGCUGAAGGAGCUGAUCUUCGAGGAGACGGCGCGGUUCCAGCCCGGCUCCCAGGGGCCAUGAGCGCUGGUCCGUCACACUCCAGCCUAGACCUGCCUCCCUCAGAAGGUUUCAACCUGGCCCCUGCGCCCGGAGCGCCCCUCGGACUCUGCUUGGGGGGCCCCACCCAAGGGGGCCAGCCCUGCCAUCGUGCUGUAUAACUGCUUCGCAAUGUGGCCGUGACUGCUUAACCCCCCCAGGCUGUGCCUCUGGGGGGCCUGACGGGGCACCCAGUGCCCCCCGAUUCCUGGAUGUGGAAGGGAAUCUCUCCUGCUUCCU